ACGGCAAGUAUUCGAUCUCCAGGCUGUCAAUCUGCCUUCACUUGACGGCAUUAAUUGCAAUACCCACAAUUGACAGUCGCUGCUCAACCUAUUUACCUUGUCUCUUUCCCUCUUUGUCCUCUUCCGGCGCAGACACGACAGUUGCUGACAUCUACCGGUGAGUUGCAGGCAAGCUGAAGGGAAGUCAAGUCGACCGCUCGAUCCAUCUGCGCUCAUGCGCCUGCGCCUUCAUCCGGUCCUUGGUUCUGAACCUCCCCCGGACGAACUCAAACCCCUCUAGACCGAGACAAACCGAGUACACGCACGUACUUAGGUGGCAAUGAUACGCUACGCCAUGCCUUGAGGGGCUAGCAAGACUUCUGAUCGAACACAAAGACCUGUUGGAGAAAGCCGAAGGCCUUUUACAAGAGCAUGGAUGAAGACAUCAGGCAUUUUGAGUCAGUCGAUAUUGGUCUCACGAGCAUCGAGAGAGGAGCUGAAAGGUUCCUGCGCGACGGAGUGCCGUGCCCUCCACCCGUCUCUUACUGGCGAAACAAUUUGACCGCUUUGUCCCAACGCUUCAAUCUCUAUUUUGUCGCAACGAGAGAUACCAUUGUCGUCUACAGACCUGACUUUCCCUUUCAGAAGCUUCACAAACUACCUGCUCUACUCAUUGUACCCGAGCUGGCAGAGUACGAUUCCGCUGGCUACAUCGAUCCCCAAUUUCCUCAUGCCAUCAACCAUCUGAUUGUGGGAGACUUGGGGAAGGAGGAGAUUCUCCUCCUCGCGACCGAUUCUGGGAAUAUUUGUGCCUAUCAUACCAAGUCAAUUCAUCAAGUCAUAGGAAAGAACCCGUACCGCUUCAGCACGGAUGCUCGGAGUGAUCACGCCGGACUCUAUCCCUUCUUCAGGCACUGGGUCCAUGAAUCUGCUUGGGGCCUUGCCAUUCACACCAAUGCCCGGAUGAUUGCGGUGUCGGCGAACACGCCUCAUAUCGUUUCUGACGAUGAUCCUUGUGCUAAAAUAACGGUAUUUGCCUUCGCCUUGACAGACACGAGUAAUGAGGGGACAGAUAACGAGGACCAAAUGUACGGCGACGAUUCCGAUUAUUCCCUUGCUGGUAAAUACGCAGGCUGGCAAGAAUGGCUAGCAGGAGGUCCUGAUGCUAUCGCUCCACCACGGAAUAAUAAUUACAAAGUCACCCUCGCCGGGGUCGAAGGACAUGGCCAUAACAUCCCCUGCAUCUCCUUCGUGAACACCGAUGAUGACCUGGAAGGCAACUGGCUGUUGAGCACCGAUAUUAAUGGGGACAUGAAGAUCUGGCAGAUUUGGCAAGGCAUCUGCCAGAAAUCCUGGGAUUUCUCGGAAAGAAGCAUGCGUGCAAACGCCCACCGAAGGCGAGAAGGCGGCUGGCUUGUCGCCGCCUUAGACUCUCGCGCCUUCCGGCCAGCCAGGACGAUGCAGCAGUUUUGUGGAUACUUCAAGGUACCCCAGUAUCAUGGACACAACAAUCUGGAAAGCUACGACCUGACCAAUGUUGUCCGGCUCCGCACGCCCAGCAACAGUCACAUACACUUUCUCCUGUACGAAGGCAUAGAGGACGACGACGACGACGACGAUGAAGAAGUCCGGGAGACGUUUGACUCUUGGUCUGACAUGGAUGAAGCUAGCAUUGAUGCCGAUCGAGCGCAGUUUGAUGCGAGUUUGCAUCCAUUUUAUGGCCAAGACACCAACGAUGGUUCCCCGGAGGACAAGUCUGGGCCCAAGGAAGUGCUGGAGUUAGGUACAAGCGAGUUUGCCUCAGCUUCUGGGUCUAACACAAUAUCUCACAAUAUUAGCGAUGGAUCCACAACAACUCAAAGGGAGAGUCUCUCGUUAGACUAUAUGUAUUUCGAGGAGGAUGACACCGCUUCUGAGGGGAGCGAGGAAGACGAACUCCGGUAUCCUUCUCCCUCGGAGGAAGUGGAGGAUGCUGACCUUUCUUCCACGAGUCGACGAAGCACCACAUCACUGUCAAGUCUCGCUCACCGAAACAGCCAGGAGAUUGACGUAGACGUCUUGUCCGCAUCCGAAUCAGACUCUCCGUUGCGCAGACGGCAACAUACGGAACCGACGGGCCCCAAACCACUAGUCGGAGGCAGCGACAGCGAUAGUCACAAGGCUCGCGCAAGGGCCAAACCACCAACUAUACCUAUUCUGCAUUGCAGCGUAUCAAACUUGAGACUGAUCAUGGCUCCAGAAGCAGAUUCGCCACACGUCUUUUGUGCUAAUAUCCUCAAACAGGCCUUACCUCCCUCAAUACAGCGCACGACUCACGCCAACAUUGACAGGCUCAACAUGAUGCUGCAGAUCCCGGAGUUGGGGAUUGUCGUGGUUGCUACGCAGAUCGGCCGAUGUGCGGUCUGUUCACUGACCAAGAAAGAGAAAACGGGAACACUGGGGUUGCGGGUGAGCUGGAUCUUACCAACCAAAAAACAAGAGUUGAAAGGACUUCGACCAUUUGGGCCCCUGCUUGGCAUAGCGGCUUCCCCUAUCCAAGGAUGUUUCAAGCGAGACGAAUCCGAAGAUCGGCCCGAGUCGACCGAGUCAACAGAAUGGGGAAAGGACGGGCUUGUGGAUGGGGUUCCCACUACAUUUGACCCUGCGGUGCUUGUCAUCGAUGGGCGCCGCGGCGAAGAGGACGGCUCUCAAUUCUUGAAUAUGGACACAGAAGUGGGGGAACAUGCGAACGGGCCUCUGGCGGGGAGAAAGCACCUGUCACACAAUAUUGGAAAAAGGCGAUCAACGAGGAUGAGGACGGAGAUACGGGAGUGGGAGGUUCCACCCAGUCCAGAGUUGUGGCAGACCCUGGAAAAUAGUCGGAGAUACAGGCUCAUGCUGACAUAUAUGGACAUGACCGUACUAUCCUAUGAGCUUUCGCGGGGUGUGGAAAGGGAGGAUAUCGCAUACGAAGAGGUGUCGACGCUCGACCUGCUUGAUUGAUCCAUGUACCAAGACAAUAUAUGGGUAUUGUGUUGCUGUAUGCAAAGGUCCUUCUAAUGUACAAGAUGUGAUACCGUUCAUCGGAGCAGCGUUCAUGCAGGAUGGCGGAUUCAGUAAAAGAGGUAUGCGUUGCAUCUCAUGAGGUACCUCGACCCAUGCCCCUGUCAAGACUUUCCAAGACUCCAAGCUCACGCUUCUCAAAUCUCUGGUGUGUCUGGAUAUACUGGGUCAUUGAGCCUUGUUGUUCUGGGCCAAUGGGCAGGGACAA